AUGGCCCAAAACAUCUACGACGAUCCGGCCUUUUUCAAGGAGUAUAUCCAGCUUCCACGCCAAGUUCGUGGUCUUGAUGGCGCCCCUGAGUGGCCUUCAUUGCGAUCCAUGCUGCCAGAACUUCGCGGCUCGAAGGUUCUCGAUCUUGGUUGCGGCUUUGGCUGGACAUGUCGAUGGGCUCGGGCAAUGGGCGCAGCCACGGUCCAAGGCAUUGAUCUAUCUCAGAACAUGCUUUCCAAAGCUAGAGAGUUUCCAGAGGAUCCUGCAAUCACUUACUUGCGCGCCGAUAUGGACGAACUUCAACUAAGCACCGCUAUUUUUGACGUUGUGUUCAGCUCCCUUUCCUUCCACUAUCUCACGAACCUGUCGGGACUGCUAGCGGAAGUCAAUCGAGCGCUCACUCCAGGUGGAUCCUUAGUUUUCUCUGUUGAGCACCCAACCCAGACGGCUCCCCGUAACAACUCCAAUUGGAUCAAAGACUCGCGAGGCGGCGAGGUAUGGCCUUUGGAAAGCUAUCUGCGUGAAGGGCCUCGGACAACAAAUUGGCUUGCCGACGGCGUGGUGAAGCAACAUCGAACCAUGUCCACCUACAUAACAAUGCUUCUCGAUGCUGGCUUUGUUUUGGCUGCGAUUGAUGAAUGGGGUGCGUCAGAGGAACAGAUCAUGGAGUCCCCGAGAUGGGAAAAUACCAGAGAUCGUCCUCCAUUUCUGCUUAUGAAGGCCGUCAAACCGGCGAUUUAG